GUCUCGACCUAUCCUCCUCUCACCGCGGCACUUGUCUUGUCUGCUUUACUACUUUCGUCAUGCCUAGGGCAACAACAGAUCGUUUCAAUCGUGCACAUCAGCCUUCUGUAAAAGCAAAAUCCAAUGACAAGGCAGAAUCGUCGUCAUCAGGAGCCCGAAAUCCGAUAUUCAAUACCGAACGAUUCGGUCAACAUAUUCUCAAAAAUCCGCAAGUAGCGCAAACGAUUGUAGAUAAGGCCAGUUUAAGACCUACGGACAAAGUCCUAGAAGUUGGUCCAGGUACUGGUAAUCUUACAGUGAGGAUAUUGGAAAAGGCCAAGCAUGUCACAGCCGUGGAGAUGGAUCCUCGUAUGGCUGCUGAAUUGACGAAGCGUGUGCAGGGAAAACCAGAACAACGCAAACUCGAAAUCAUGAUUGGAGAUUUCGUCAAAGCGACAUUACCAUACUUCGAUGUCUGCAUUUCAAACACACCCUAUCAAAUCUCUUCUCCACUCAUCUUCCGUCUGCUCUCACACCGACCUCUAUUCCGCACCGCCAUCCUCAUGUUCCAACGGGAAUUUGCCCUGCGUCUUGUUGCACGACCAGGAACAGAGCUCUGGUCACGCUUAUCAGCAAAUGUUCAGCUUUAUGCAAAAGUUGACUUGGUUAUGAACGUUGGCAAAAACAACUUCAGGCCACCGCCGAAAGUGGAGAGCAGUGUUAUUCGACUCGUACCACGAGACCCGCCACCACCCGUUGAGUUCAAUGAAUUCGAUGGGCUUGGUCGUAUUAUUUUCAGCAGACGGAACAAAACAAUUCAUGCGGGCUUCAUGGCAAAGGGUGUAAUGGAAAUGUUGGAGGGCAAUUGGAAGACAUGGGCGGCUGCAAACGAUGUUAUGGUCGAGGAUGACUUUGACAUCAAGAAGAAAGUCGAACUGGUCCUUGAGGAUUCUGGUUUCUCAGAACAUCGCGCAGCAAAAAUGGACGUCGAUGAUCUUCUAAAAUUACUGUCAUCAUUCCACGACGUUGGUAUCCACUUCGCAUGACAUCCAUUUUCGGUUUUGGACCUGUACUCCAUGAUUGUACAUUAUAGAUACAUUUACACACUUCUAUUCUGCCUUGAAGCUACACCCUUCGAUUCGUUAUGGACACAAAAGGUAUCAUGAUCGCCAUCUCUAAUAUUCUGUCAUGAGGAUUUUUGUAGAUAUGCUUCAUACUGCUUUGGCGUG